UGGAUGGUUUAGCAGAGUUCCAGCAUUCAAGUUACAGUGCAGUCGUCGCGAGACGAACUUAGCUCUCCACUCCAGCUGCUGGCUUCCUUCCCAACUCAGGAGGAAAAAGAAAGAAAGAAAGAAAGAAAGAAAGAAAGAAAGAAAGAUCGAUCUGCCUUUCAGCUUGGUUGCAUGCUCUUUACUUUUUUUUACCCCCAAAUCAGGUCAUUUGAAGAAGGGCAAUCAUGACAGAGACCAGUCUGCAGCUCGAGCAAGCAGCCUUUGUAGAGGAUUCCGAUGAUGAGCAGGCAGGAGAUGAACAGGGAGAGAAAGGAGACUCCCAGAUGAAUGGCGUGAUGGUAUUGACACUGCUGGACAAGAUCAUCGGGGCAGUCGACCAGAUUCAGCAGACCCAGACCAGCCUGGAGCAGCGGCAGCAGGAGAUGGAGAGCGCCGUCACAGGGAUCCAAAGCGAGCUGACCAAGCUGUCCAAAUCGCACACCACCACUAGCAACACAGUCAACAAGAUGCUGGAGAAAGUGCGUAAAGUAAGCGUCAAUGUCAAGACGGUGCGGCAGAAUCUGGAAAAGCAAGCGGGACAGAUCAAGAGACUGGAGAGCAACGAGGCAGAGCUGCUCAAGAGGCGAAACUUUAAAGUUAUGAUCUACCAGGAUGAAGUUAAGCUCCCUUCUAAACUGAGUGUUUCCAAGACCCUGAAGGGGCUGGAGAAGGUCCAGGAAGAGGGAGAGCAUGAAUUACAAGAGCAGGGUGAAAAUGAAACUAAAGAAGAAGAUGAGAACAUCCAUCUGUCGUCAGAUGAAGAGGUGGAGAUCGAGGAGAUCAUUGAGGAGUCGCGGGCUGAGCGCAUCAAGAAAAGUAGCAUGCGGCGUGUGGAUGACAUAAAGAAAGCCUUUUCGAAAGAGAAGAUGGAGAAGACCAGGCAAAGGACCCGUGAGAACCUGGAGAAAACCAAGCAGCGGACCAAGGAAAACCUGGAGAAAACCAAGCACAACAUCGAGAAGAAGAUGAACAAACUUGGCACCAGGAUUGUAAACACGGAGCGCAAGGAGAAGAUGAAGACCUCCAGAGACAAGUUCAAGAAGUCCUUCACCCCUGACCACGUGGUGUACGCCAGGUCCAAGACCGCCGUCUACAAGGUGCCGCCCUUCACUUUCCACGUCAAGAAAAUCCGGGAGGGUGAGGAGGAGCCAAAGAGUAUGGAGAUGGUGAAUGUGGUCGGGGAAGAGGAAGAGCUGAUAGAAGACAACCCGGAGAUGGAAAUUUUACUGGACACGGCAGAAGACGAGGGCUUCUCCACUGAGAAGAGAGACCCAGACAGUGAUUAAGCGGAUGAACUUCAUGUGGGUUUCAUCACUUCAGUGUCUAUCGCAUCACAUGACCUAAAUGGCAUAGACUUCAUUUUGGGGUGGGGUGGGAUGGGCUGGGGUGGGCUGGGGAGGUUCAAAGGACUCUUUUUGUACACCAGUAUGCUAAGCCACUCUUUCAUCUCUGCUUAUUUAGGUUUCCAGGAGAUGUCAACAUCAAGCAGUAGAGAACUGUGAUAGGCCAAGGGGUACAUUUUAGACGGUGGGCAGUGAGAGGCUGGGCAUCACCAUGGCCUUUGAAGAGCACUCGCUCCCAAAGAGCCACUCCCAAAGAAUCCCAAUCCAACUGGAGCCCCCCCAUCUGAAAGCUCGGCACCAGGAGAGGUGCUCCCACUAAAACAGGUUCAGUCCUGAUCUACGUAACGCUCUUGGGAACGGGCAGGUGCUUCAUCUCGCAUCACUGGUGGGCACACUCGCUGGGAUGGUGGGGGCUUACAAUGGAACAGUCGGGCACAGUCGUCUUGUCCAGCACGCCGGUAGUGAAAUUAACAAAAUGAAAAAAGCAUCGGCAAGAGCUCAUCUGUUUAAAAUAUUUGAGCCACCAUUGCAUUUAAUGGCUCAAUUGCUCGAUGGAUAGACUAAUAAUAAUCUUUAAAAGAAAAAUAACCUUUUCUUCAUAUUCGUUCAACUAAUAAAUUUAGCAAAUAUUAAACAAAAAAAAAUAAAUAAGAACUAAACUCAAGUGUUCGUCUUUAACCAGCACGCUGCUUUUGUCCACUUUUUUUUGUCCAGUUGCUUUUAUGAAUAUUGAACAAAGGCUUAGUGAGAUGCGGACCGUCCUUCAAAGCGGCAGACAUGUUUAGAAUAUUCACCGUACAACCAGGGGGGCAGCCACAGCAGCGUGUUCCUCUCCUUAUGAUCACCUUGUAUGUGCGUCUGGAUCAGCCCACCGGACAGACACCCAUGUGCUUUAGGACACGCUAGACCUUGAGAAGGAGCUUUCAACCGACUCCUUCUUACAGGUUCAAAAUCAUGCUGGACAUUUUAUUUUUACAAUAUCUUAGAAUCAAAAUCAUUAUAGUAAUAGUCUUUGUAAAUACAACUAUAGUAUAUGCAUGCAUGAAGACUCUAGAUAUUUACCUGUCUAUACCAGAGACUGCUUAGAACAUACUGUAUAUGCCUAAUUAUAUAACCCACAUAUAAAGUUUUAAAAAAGAUAUAAAUACUUUCAUUCA